GUUUACCGUUUGGAACUCACUUGUAGUGAAGUAAGUACUUACUCUUAGUGAAUUUGGAAAGACCUUCGAACGUUCUUAAAGCAGGUCAUCAUCAUAGUAGGUUCUACGUUGGCGUCCUCAUCGAGUCGUCGCUGGUUCUGGCCACUUCUCUCGUGUUGAUUUUCUGUAUCUCGCACUCACCAAGAACGCCAUGCCCCGAAAUAAAGAAUGCGGAGUGGCCCCCGUGUCUGAGGACGGUCAAAAAACUGCUGGUGGUGCUGCCUCCACCCCUGUCUUUGUCGUGAAGAUCCCGAGCGCCCUGUCCGGAGCCGACUGCGCGGUGGAAAUCGACCUAGGGACGAUCUGCAAGAAGAACGCUGGUUCGUCCACCAUCACCGCGAAGGACGUGAAGCAGCUCAUCGCGAACGCGCUUCGGACGAAGAAAGCCCACGUUUCCGCCUCGGGGCGGGAGGUGCAAUGGGAGCAAGUGCAACUGUUUGUCGACGAGGAAGAGGCACCAGGUCAGGUUCAGGACGAACAAGCCGGGCAGGCGUCGCCGUCGAAGGCCGCCGCGGACCAGGGCCACGGUGGCGGCGAAGGAUAUCAAAUGCAAGUAUAAUGUCUGGGUCCACUGGAAAAUUACGGACUUGCGAUGCUGCCUCUGGAUGCGAGAAAAAUCUGUAUUUUUGCGUGGGCAGCAACAGAACUUCAUUUCUUGCUACGCUGACAGGGCAUCUGGCAUGCGGGGCAGGCAUCAAUAAGCCUUCAGAAAAUCUGUGAUGCUAGAACACACACCACAGAGAUCAUUGCUCAUGCGAAACGUGCAUGACCACAAACAGUGCGCUUGAGCAGACCCAGUCAUGUUUGCAAUUCAUAAAGGAGACCACCAAGCGACUCCUCCUGGUGUUCAACCUGCCGCGGGCAAGUGCCUCCUACACUCCGAUGCCCAUUUGCUGGACAUCAGCAGUCCGACGUUUCUUGCGGAAAAAGUCUCGUACUUCGUGAAGACGUUUGCAGCCUUCGAAAACAAGCGCGCUUUGCACAAGGCACUCAUGGUCGUCUGCAGCGCGGAUUACCAUACGGAACUCCUGGACGAAGACGGUGAAGGAGGGGGGGAAUUGGGCACCGGGUUUGGAAUGCCUGAGUUUCAAAUUUACGACGACGACAACGACGGAGCUUCGGACCACUGGCACACGCCGAGUGACUAUUAUGAAAAUGCGGAUCAACCAGGGUUGCCCCACGACGACACCCCGACGAUCCUCGCGAAGUUGAACCAGACCCGGGAAGAAAUCGAGGAGAUCUACGGCCCCCUGCGGAUUUGGGACUGCUCGAAAAUCACAAACCUGGCGGACCUUUUCAUGCACUUCCAUUCGUUCAAUCAGGACAUAAGCGGUUGGGAUGUCUCCGGAGCGACAGAGUUUCGGGGCAUGUUUUAUGGCUGCUCAUUUUUCAACCACCCGCUGGAGUCCUGGAACACCGCGGCGGCGACGAAUAUGUAUGGCAUGUUCCAUUAUCAAGUGCAAAUAUGUCUGGGUCUGGAGGAUUGCCAGGUGUUGGUCGGUUGGUUGGUUGGAUAGCGCCUGUCGCCGGUGCAGGUCCCGACCUCCAGCGAUUGGGACCCGGAGUAGCCAGAACGCGAGGCCCUAGUGGGGCAAUCGAUCCAGCGCGCGAGGUGUGUCACGCACAUUUUGCAUGGCCCAUGCUGGCAGUGCAAGGCCAGACUUUUAGAGUGCUUCUGGAUCUUGAUGCCCAUAAUUCCGUAUGAAAAAUGCCCUCUCCGCGUAGCACAGACUCGACUCCUCUUGCUGGUCAUGCAGCACAGAUUUUUUGUAGGAUCCAAAGACAGCAUCAGAAGUCGCAUCCUUCCAGACCCGGAUCGAUAUUUGCAAUGCAUAUCCAGCAUUGCAGUGCCUUCGCGCAGGAUUUGAACAAGUGGAAUGUCGCGAAAGUAGAAAACGCGAGCGGCAUGUUCACUGAAGCCUCCUCCAUGCGGUUGGAGUUCGUGUCCUCGUGGCCGGCGCACUUGCUGGAGAACAUCGAUUGCUUCAACGAGGAAAACGCGGAGGACACGCCAGCGUCGAAGGGAAACAACGAUGCAGAUGGGGAAGAAGACAACUCCAAUAUGGCGGAUGCCUCCGGCGGCGGUGGGGCCAAGAAGACAAGUGCGGGAACGAAGAAGUCCAAAACGUCGGCGCAGGGCGGCGGUGGGGCCAAGAAGAAAGCUGCGGGAAUGAAGAAGUCCAAAACGCCGGCGCAGGGCGGCGGUGGGGCCAAGAUCAAGAAAAAAACUGCCGGGAUGAAGAAGUCCAAAAAGCCGGCCCAGGGGAGCAGCGUGGUCAACAAGAAGAAAGCUGCGGGAAAGAUGAAAAUGAAAAGCGCGAUGAAGUCGGGCUCGACUUCUCGCUCUUCCGGUACCUCCGCGGCUACGAAGAAGAAACAGAAGGUCAGUGCUUUGCCCGGGACUCAAGCAGCCAAAAACAAAAGCAAAAAGGCGGAAAAAAAGGGUAAGACCGGAAAGAACGCUAUUUCCCACUCCAAGAAUAAAUCUCGUUCCGGUAAAGAACCACCUGCUUCGACGAAGGUGAUCAAGGCGGGGAAGAAAAAUGAACCGAAAUCCGUCAAGAAGAACCCGUCGAAAACCAAAACUGCGAAGGGCAGAUCUGCGCCGGCAAAGUCAAAGAAAUGAGAAAGAGGACAGGAGGUUUAAGAUGAAUCCGGCACAGCAGCUGCGUCAAGUGUUCAGGGUGAAGAGAAGCAUGCAACAAGUAGAUGAUGAACUCAUUUUUCGUACAACUCAUCUAUUGGAGUAGUUAUCUGCAGGCGUGAUUGCGGCAGUUAAUGAAUUUCACUUUUUU